AUGGCCGGGAAGAAGGGCAAAUGCGGGACUUUCAUUGGCACGAGUGGCGCAGCGGGGCCAGGCAGCGGGGCGCAUUUAUGCAGCUUCAGAGGCUACUCAGGUGACAUUGUGCACAAUUUGAACAGUCUUCGAGCUCAAGUUGAGAGGAUGGAGUCUCUCAUGGCAGCAAGAGCGAGCGCCACAUCCUUCAGCCCGGCUGUCCAAAGCCCCGCCAUCCAGCGCCCUGCAAGACCGUCUGCUUUUGUAAUCCCAGUAGACAAGAACGGCAAGCUCAAGCGUGCUCACCUUGACAGCUGGCAGCAUGACCUGGUGACGAAAUCACAACCUUUGCAUGUGCAGACAAAGCAGCAUAUGACAGCAUUCAGUACCCAAGCUGCAGAGAAGUCAGUUUCUCGUGCAAAAGGGCCGCGAGCGGCGUGCCCGUGCUGCGGGCGGAGGGCGGCACUGCUGGGGGGAGCUGCAGGGCUGUUACUGCCAAACCAGGGGCUGGCUCAGGAGGCUGCGGCAGCUGCCGCAACACAACCACCUGGGGCACUGCGUCAGUGGUACGAAGAGUUCUUUGCGUUCGGGCUAGCCAAAGGAGGGGCCAUAUAUGAACCAAAGGUCCGGCCGUACAAGGAUGCGGUAUUCCACCAGCUGCAGGACAACCUUGCAGAAAGCAAAGCAGCGGAUUCAACUCUUGAAGUUUUGGAGAUUGGUGUUGGUCCCGCGCCCAACCUUCAUUACUGGGCGGACUGGCCGGGGCGCGUUCAUGUGACCGGGGUAGAUCGCAACUCUAGCAUGGAGCCCUAUGCCCAGGAAAACGCGCACCAACCGGGGCUCGACCGGUUGGCCUUCGACUUCUCCCUGGGGAGCGCGGCAGACCUUCCCGUUCCCUCCACGAGCGUCGACGUCGUCGUGGGAACGCUCAUCCUCUGCUCGGUAGAUGACGUGGCCCGCUCCCUCUUAGAAGUCAGGCGGGUUCUGCGACCGGGCGGCAAAUAUCUCUUCAUUGAGCACGUGGCCGCCCCAGACGGGACAGCCCUCCGACAGCUCCAGAACACGCUCAAUCCCCUGCAGCAAGCGUUGGCAGAUGGGUGUCACCUGAACCGAGACACGUUGCAAGCCGUGCGACGAACUGGUUUUGCUUCUGUCGACGCUUCGAGCAUAAACAUAGACGGCCUUAGCCUCCUCGCUCCUCAUAUUGUGGGCAUUGCUACCGCCUGAUCAGGUGGGGAUACUCCACGUCGAGUCCUCGAAUUGCGCUGAUCGAGUCGCAGCUCAUCCUUGCUCCAUAUUAGAA